AUGAACAUUGGAUUAGAUGUUGGAAAUUCCAAUAGUCGUGCGGCAACCUUUCGAGAAAAGGAAAAAACAGCUCAGUUGCUCACGAACUCACGGGCGGAGAGAGUGUUCCCCAGUCUUAUCUGCCUCAAGCCUAGAAAUCGACUAUUUGGCAGUGCAGCCAAGUUGGCGGCACCGUCUGAAUCACCGGCGAAACUCGUAAACGGGGUUCGAAGAAGGCUCUUCGACGAGGAUGGGCCCGACGCCAUGGUCCACUACGCCAUGCUCAUCGAAAACCUCGUUAGUCAAGUUACAAGAGCGCAGGAGCCUGAGGUUGUGGUCAUCACGGUUCCCCUAACCGCUAACAGUCACCAACGGCAGGCCGUGAAGGAUCUUGUUCGCAUAGCUCUGGGCAACGAUGUGAACGUGCGUAUCAUUCAUGAGACUACGGCCGCGGCAGUAGCAUACGCACUGGAAAACCUUCAGCCAGGAGAAGGAGAGGACGACGUGAUGGUCUUCAGUUUGGGCGGUGGCUUUCUUGGAGUAGCUCUAGUUGACAUUCGGUCAAAUUCGGUUACCGUCAAAGAGGCCUACGGAGAAAGUGUCGGAGGCGAUGACAUGACUCAGGCUGUUACUGAUGAACUCCAUCGUUACAUCGGUGACGAGUUUCCAGAGGAGGCAAUCAAUGUAAAUUUGGUAAAGCUUCGAAUGGAGGCAGAGACGGUUAAAUCGCGAAUCUGCAGAUGGAACCCCACAGGUGUGCCCAUUCACAUUUACAACAUAGUGCAAGAUCAUGACUUUAAACGCGUUUAUCGAAACGAGGACUUUGCAGAAGUAACCUUGGAGGUCUUCCAGAAAAUCAGGGAGUGCUUAGAGAAGCUGAAAGAGCCAGAAGCCGUAAAGAAGAUUUUGCCUGUAGGGGGUGGCAGUCGGUCUUGGGGCAUCGAGAGCCUACUCAAAGAGAUGUUCCCCCAUGCAAUCAUUGCUCGAAAUAUUAAUUCUGAAGAAGCAGCAGUUCAAGGCGCUGCCAUAAUCGCUCACCACGUGGCAAGCAACACUCUCCUCCACAGCCUCACCUCCUCUGAUGAGAAAAAUUUUGAAGUGAGGGAAGUUUCUACUCUAUCCCUCUGUUUUGACGGCGAUAUUGUUAUCCCUGAGUCCGAGAGACUUCCAACCAAAUAUUACGAUUUAGGGAAAGACGGGGAGCUUUCAGAAGGACGGAUGACGAAGCAGUUCAAACGUGACUCUGUUAGACAAGUAUGUAUCGAUGAGGAAGGCAUAAUAACAACACAAAUUGACUUCACGUCCCAUCCAGCAUUUGAGGGUCUCACUUCACAUGAUCGUGCACUUGUGAGUGGUGAAUUAAGGAGGUUGCAUAAAGAGGAAUCGGAGGAAAAUCAACGAAUUUUGGCAAAGAGUUGUCUGGAAGUACACAUCUACUCUCUCGUGGAUGGUGCAGCCAAAGCUGAAGCUAUAAAGUGGCUCAAGGAAAACGAAGAGGCUUCAGCCGACGUGUUUGACAAGAAGUACGCAGAAAUGCUUAGUGGCGAGUCAGUAGGAACAGGGAAUUCUUCUAACCUUAAUUCACAGGCUCCUAUUCAACUACCAGUAACUGAUUUUCUGAGACCCACUCACUCUGGUAAGCAGAGGCACGAUGAUAGAGGAGUUCUUCCUGAAGACUCUGCUGUGCGUGAAACUCCAUCUGUCCUGAAAUCUACACCCGUAGAGGUCCAUUCCACAGAGACUACUGUCUUAAGUGAAAGUGGAAUUGGACGGAUGGAAACGUCUUCUACUCACACCCGGACACCUGAGGCUAGGCGAAAUAAUGACGCCUUGGCCACAGUAAUAAAACACGGAGACGCAAGUGGUUUGAGUUCAGUAAGUGAGCACUCAACAAGCUUGAUUCGUUUUGGACGAGAAGAUUCAGGCUCUACGACUGCAAUGAAGCGACCAACACCUUUUGCAAACUCCGGCGUUGUUCCAAGGCAUUUUCCAGACAACCGGACGGAGGGCCACGUGGAAACCGAACGUCCUCUUGUCCAAAACGGCCAUCCAUGCUCCCCCACAAAAACACGCAAACCAAUGACGGAAAGGAGUGGUAGUGUGCAUUCAGAUACACAAAUCACAUCUUUUCAAAAGCCUCAGGUUUUCAACGCACGGAAGACUAGGAGUGCUUCAUCUCCAUCGAAUAUUCAUUUAAGUCCAGUAAAAAGCAAGCAAGACAAGCCACUUUUGCCUCAAUCAACAAGCUUUUCAUUGCCCAUUCCCUCGCAAAAGCAGGUUCGCCACUCAGACAAAUUCACAAGACCGCCACGAGUAACUCCCAGCGAAACCCCGAUUCGUGCUCUUCUCCUUGAACACAGGGAUCAGCUUCGUGACGCGGGGAUUUUUCUCUGCUAUAACCGGCCGGCUUAUAGGGACACUUACAAGUAUGUUCGCGAUCUUUUGGCGAAUGACAUUUACAGCAAUCAAGAAAGGCCUUCCAAGCAUCACUGGGCUUCCUGCGUUCAGUCCAGUCGGCACUUUCUGAAAAGAAAUCGUUAUCGUUUACUCGAUGUAAAGGGUUUCAGCAAUGUCAUUGAUCAGCUCGUUGAGUGCUUACCACCGAGAGGCAGGCGAUUUGACCACAUCGACGGUCGACAACCACAAACAAAUCAAGCUAAGAGCCACGUUCAGGAACGACAUUUCCGCUACAGUACAGAAUUUCUGCGCGCGUUUCAUCAGCUAAUGCCAUCUAGGAAAGCCAAUGACAUCCAGACUGAAUAUCAUCGGUUGCGAAAACAACUGGACAUGGCAUUUGACAGCUUCGCGCCGAAACCACAUUCGUUUUUCUCGGCUUGCUGGCCACAACGUCGUCGUUCGAACGAAUUCCGACACCUGAGUGCACCCUUCAUUUUGCGUAACAGAAAAAUGCUUGCAAAUGGAAUAACAAGGGAACUUGUUGACUCUUUGGCUUUGGAGUUCUCACAAGUCGAGCUGGAAUACGGUUGCUACUAA